AUUCACACCUGGGUCACUUGUUCUUCACUGUCUAUCCAACUCCCUCUCCACACCUGCCACCAUGACUCGCUUUUUCUGCUGUGGAAACUACUUCCCAGGGUAUCCUUGCUAUGGAACCAACUUCCACGGAACCUACAGAGCCACCCCCCUGAACUGUGUCGUGCCUUUGGGCUCCCCCCUGAACCAUGGCUGUGGAACCAUCUACAGCUCCCGCAACUUCUGCUAUGGUGGCGUUAGUAACUUCCAGAAUCCAGGCUGUUGCUAUGGCAGCAGCUUUUACAGGCCAUGGGGCUCUGGCUCUGGCUUCGGCUACAGCACCUACUGAUGGACCAACGGCUCUGGAGACUACAGGACCCUCAACCAGCUACCGUCCCAAGAAACAACCUGAAAAGCAAUGUCUGCCUCCCAGCCUCCCACUUGGGCUUGCAAGGCAGAGACACAAAACACUGUGGUCUGGUUCUUCAGUAAUGCUGAGCGGGAGCCCAUCUCCGAGCUGAAACUCAUCUACAGCUAAGAGGAGCAAGACGCGCUCUUUCAUGAGAGGCUGGAAACUACAUCAACAUAAAUGUAUUUCCAGUUGGGGUGUGUGGGCAGGGUCUUAGUGCUAGUCUUCCAAUAAAUUUCUUCAUGCAUUAUA